AUGACCAUCCAUGCCCCGCCUGCUCCCACUCUCGAGAACCAGGUCGCCUGGACGAGCGAUCCCGUUCCCCGCUCGAAUCCGACACCAAUGCCAACGACACCGGCUUCCACAAUGAGCACCGCCGUCUUGGACUGUCCCGAGGACAGCAACUCGACGGACUGUCUUCUCCGGGCCGUUCUGCGCGUCCUGAAGGAGAGCCAAGACCAAAAAGACAGCAAGUAUGACUGGGACCCCGUCACUUUCGUCUUCACCGUCCUCCUGGGCGUGGCCGCACUCGCGUUCGCCGUCCUCACCAUUGCGCAGGGCCUCGUCGCCGCCAGGAAGGGCGCGAAUGCGGCAACCUGGAUCGCCUUCUUCAAGGUCACCGAGCUGGAAAAGGUCGAACCGCUGAGAAAGACCGAGCCAUCCAAGAAGGACAACCUACCGGUCAAGGCCUGGCUCCUGGAUAGGUUAGGGCUGCAGGAAAAGGCCGAGUCGUCGGAAAACGACUACGGUCUCCGGUCAGCCGUUGCCGAUUUCCUGCCGGACGACCUCGUCGCCGCCCCCGCGUACGCCCAAGGCGGUGUGGUUAUCGCGGCGGCCGCUGCCGUGGGAAUCCAGAGAUGGCCAUUCACCAGGGGCAUCCCCGAACAGCCCGUCAUCAUUGGCCGCUCCUUUCAGUUCGACUUUCGCCAACACCCGAUACUGGGGUCCAUCGGCUCGUUUUCCAACCACCACCCGACGGACGAGACAAUAAAGGUUCCGAGCCCGCACAAGCUCAAGAGCACCAUGCAAUACGCCCUUGGCAUCAUCAAACUCCACGGCUUGUCCCAGUCUGAGGAGGUAAAGAUCAAAGUGAACUUGUUCAGUGACUACGAAUCGUUCAAGGAUCAAAUGGUGAAAGUCGCCGAGGUCACGCAGUCUAUUCAUUCGACGACACCCUUCCAUAGGUUCUACGGGUCGCGUGCCCAUCUCGAAGAACUCGUCACUGUAAAUCACUGUCUCUUCAAGGCGGUCACGCCGGACGACCCUCCCGAGUUGUUCCCGCUCACUUCAUCAAAGCUCACCGUGGACUGUUCGCUCACCACCCUAGCGAUGUGUGGCAAAUACUGGGCAAAGGCAGAUCUCCACGCAUUUGGCAAGUCGGAAUUCGGAAGCUGGCCGACUCUUACUAGUGAAUACCGCCUCCCUUCCUGGCGCCGGUUCGAUUCGGAUGACGAUAUCGACUGGGGUGAAAUCUGCGGCGACACGACCGUGCUUCAGCUGUGCCUCAAGCAGGUGAACAACCCUGACGAGGUUCGCGAGUGGUACGGCAAGGCCGAUCCCGCGACCCAGCAAGAUCUUCGGAGGCGCAUUCUCAAGCAGCUGGGUCUGGUCGACUAUUGGUUAGAGGACCAGGAGGAUGUGGAUUUCCGCACCGGCGACCUUUACAGGACCUACCUGAUGCUUUCGCAUGCGGAGAAGGCGGCGAAAGCCAAGAUCUUCAAUGCUCCAGCAAAGGAAGCCGACUCGGGCGGGUCUCAUGCCAAUGAUAACAGCAAGUUCGCCGCCGCCGCCCGCAGCCGCCAUCUCCCGAUAAUACGGGGGAUCCGCAACCUGAUGGACACUCUGAAGCUUGCCCGAGAGACUCUCGAAGCAAUGCUCAUUCCGGAUGGGGAUGAGGAAUCACCAAUACCUUCAGAGGAUCUUGGUCAUCUAAAGGAGGUUUUUCGCAAGUAUCAAAAGGAAUUGGAUGCCAUUACUGCUCCGUUUUCCGACAUGUCAACAGAAAGUACCCAAAUGCUGGUGGACAGACUAUGCGUGGUAGUGGUCUGUAACUCGGAGCAGGAAGACGGAUGGCGGUUGUGGGACCACUUUUCGCCGCUGAGGGACGACCGGACGAGGGAUGUCGACGAUGUGCUCAUUUUCCGGUUCAUUCUGAUGGUCCUGCUGUUCCAGACUGCCAUUGACAACAGCGAGGUUCUCAACUCCAGUUUGUGGGACAGAGUCAUCCCCAUCAUCUGA